AUGGUGGCAAAAUUCUGUAAUUGUAUAGAAGAUAAGUAUAAACAAAAACAAAAACAUCUAGACAAGUUUGAGGAAAAUAAUUACACGGAUUUGUACGUGAUCGGUAAAAUUUGGAUUGACGCACUGAAAAUAUGUCUAACAGGGGCUGAUGUGGAUAUAUUUCCUAAAGUAGAAGCUGCGAAAGCUGAAGAAGGACCUCCAAAAAAACCUCCUCCGAUGAAGCUAUCAGAACUAUCGAUAUAUAAGAGUCCGUACAACGAUUACAAAGACUAUGAAGAAGAUAAGGAGAAAAGUCCCGACAGAAAGGUUAAAAUACUGCAUCAAUCAUUACUACCGCACGUGAAAAAUAUUAAACAAGAAGUUAAGAAGAAUGCGUGUGGAGGAUUAUGCUUCGUGAAGUCAAAUGUUAACAAAGCAUUGGACACUUUGAAGGAAAUCAAAAAUAAUUUCAAAAAAACCAUGCGAGAUCCCGAUAAUUUGGCCAUCAGACAAGGCGUUGUAGCCAGUGGUGGGUUCUUGGGUUUUAUGCUUGGAAGUGGCGGUGGAAUUACGAGGCGACUUCUCUACACUAGCGCUGGCCUUUUAACAACCGGAGCGUUAUGCUUCCCAAAGGAAACUGAUGAAACAUUCAGAAACACCAUUUAUAUAACAGGAAAAUCAUUCAUCGAUAUAUAUAAUAAAUGGUGCAAUAAGGAUUUUAAUUUACGGGAAAGACUAGCGUGCAGAGAUGAAUUCCCACCGACGCCCCCGGAUAGACCACCAAUGAAUUGUCCACCACAGAAAUAA